AUGUCCCUAGCAUCAGCAGCCACCGCGGCCCUGCACCCGCAAAACUGGCCGACGAGCAUCUGGGUCCUCCUUCUCACGGGGCUCGCCUAUGCCGUCGGCUUCCUCGCCUACCGCCCGUCCUUUCCACGCAACGCGCCCAAGUUGUUCCGGGGCUAUCCGGUCUUCGGGACGCCGCGCUUCUUCACUGACCGGGGCAAUUUUCUGAGCGAGGGGGCGCGGUUUGGGCGGUUCGGGAACUGGAGCUUUUAUUUUGGCAAGAUGAGGAUCGUGGGGUUGUCGGGGGACGACGGGCGGCAUCUGUUUUUUGAGAAUCGGGAUUUCGAUCUUGGAAAGGGAUACGGCACCCUCUUCAACGCGGCGCCGCGCAUCGACGUGUCCAAAGGAGCCGACAGAGGAGCCGACGAAGAAAACGUGAAUACCAAGUUCAACCGCAACCUCGUCAAGCUCCUCCGCAAAGACCUCCUCGAUACCCGCCUCCCCCUCCUCCUCACAGACACGCGGGACACGAUGGACGGUCUCGCCGCCCGCAUCGGCAAGGGAUCCGGCAACGCGAACGAGGGCAUCAGCGACCCGUUUGAGGACAUGUACCACCUCGUCUUCAAGCUCACGAUGCGCAUGGUGGGCUGCGACGAGAUCGCCGAGGACAAGGACCUGCUGCGGCAGGUGCUGCGCAUAUUCGAGGGCAUUGACGCGGCGAGCACGGCGAGCACGGCGACCAAGGUCAUGUUCCCGUGGAUGCCGACGGUGGGGCACCUGAGGCGGGUGUACAGCGGCGCAAAGAUGUACAUGAUUCUGGAAAAGGUCAUCAAGGAGAGGAAGGACCGCGGGGUGCCCGGCAACGAUGCGCUGCAGUACUUGAUGGACAGCGGGGACAGCACCGUCGAGAUGGUGGCGUUUAUCGUCGGGGCGCUGUUUGCGGGGUUGAUUAACAGCGGGAUCAACGCGGCGUACGUGCUGUGCUUCCUUGCCACGGAGGAGCGGUGGUACGGGGAGGUGCAGAGGGAGGUGGACGGGGUGAUUCGGCGGCACCGGCGGUCGGAGGAGGAGACGCCGGAGGCGAUCCUGGGGCGGCUGGACAUGGAGGCGUGGGAGGCCGAGUUUCCAAUGAUUGAUUUGGCGAUGAAGGAGACGAUCCGGCAGACGAUUUGCGGGUGCGGGUUCCGGUACAACGGGAGCGGCAAGGAUGUCGAGAUUGGCGGGAGCGGGGAGGUGGUGCCGCGGGAUUCGUUUGUCGUGUACCACUUUGAUACCACGCACAUGGACCCUAGGUUUUUCCCCGAGCCGCUGCGAUGGGAUCCGGGGCGGUUUUUGCCGGGGCGGGAAGAGGAUAAGAAGGAUCCGCAUGCGUUUAUUGGGUGGGGUGCUGGGCGGCAUCCGUGUCUUGGGAUGAGGUUUGCCAAGAUGGAAAUGGCCGUCACGACGGCGCUUUUCGUCGCGAGGUUCGACUAUCGCCUGGUGGACGCGGAGGGCAACAGGAUGGACAGGGUGCCGGAGAACUCGGUGGAUCGGAACAAGCACUCGGCGGCGAAGCCGCGGCAGAAGAUGUUUUUGAAGUAUUCGCUCCGGACGUAG